AUGGCGCAGCCUUUCAUAUUCCGUUGGACAGGUCAGCAUAAUGAUGAACAGUCAAAGAAGACAUUUCUGUACACAGAUUGGGAUGUUCUACUUGACAUUACGAAACGGUUAAGUGGAGACCCGGCAUGUGUCUACCAGGGCGACUACCACGCUGGUGGACGUCAUAUUGUUCGUCGCAUUGACCUCCCAAAGGAGGGCAAAUUGUGGAUUGCACGCAUACCAACUAUCCCAGAUUCGUUCGGCUCAGAAUUGGACGGAAGAUGGUGGAGAAGUGAGCAGCAGUUCACGAUGGAGAGUGAGAUUGCGACAAUGAAAUUCAUUGCGCAGACCACCGAUAUCCCUGUGCCGAAAGUGUUCGGUUACAAAACAUGCCUCGAUGGGAAUCCAGUUAAGCUGCCUUAUCUAUUGAUGCAAUGCAUUGAGGGGAACAUGCUUUUCGACCUCGGCGGUCUAAAUGUUCUCACUGAUGAGCAAAGAGCUAAGCUACGCAAGUCAAUAGCUUCGAUACAAUGCCAGCUAGCGGAUGCAUCGUUGAGCAAGCUUGGUAGUCUUGUCUUGAAGCCUAAUGGCGACACCGACAUUGGACCACUUCCAGCUGCAUUUGGCUUCGAGGGGCCAUUUCAUUCGACGGCAGACUAUUUCUUGUCGUGGGCAGACCACAAUACCAGUUUCAAAAAUUUACAUCGGCUCAGAGAGCCGAGCUUAAGGCGGGCUGCGGAAUCCUUCCCUCGGCGUCUUAGAUCGGCAAUUGAAAAGCUCAUACCCGCCGGGCACUCGAGCAAAUACCCGAUCGUGCACCCCGAUUUCCUGAUGCACAACAUCCUCCUGAACGACGAGUACGAGAUAGUGGGCGUCAUUGACUGGGAGCACGCACAUUCAGCUCCCAUUGAAGUCUUCGGCGCACGAACAAAUAUGUAUGCUUGGUUUGAUUCCAAACGUGCAGCCCUGGGUUGGAACGAGGAAGGGAGGCAGUACCUGGCGGAUAUUGCUAGCAAGGAGAAACGCAUGAAUUUAUCACAGAAGCUAUCCAAGACAUUCGGAAGCCUGCUAGGAGACCUUGGUCUGUGUAUGCAGUAUUUUGAAGAGGGGAGAGCCAAGGAGAGAAAUUCGUUGCCCAUGAAAUAUAUUAUCAUUCCUCCUGUCCUGCUAGCCCCUCUGCCAAGUAUAGUAUUACUAAUAAAGACAGCGCGGCGAACUAGUUCGACACGUCGGCCGUCCGCACCACGUACACGACUACCCGGCCCCCCUCCUUUACCAUCGGUACCCAUGUGCCGGUGUCGAAUAACCGGUGCCGAAUAA